UAUGGGGGAAGCUGCCAUACAAGCUUUUAUUGUGAAAAUUUUCGUCUGCCUGUUCGCAUCCUUUAACUCAGGCUUUACUGCGGUCUGAAAGGAUUAACAUGGAGCCCUCUAACAACCAGCCGAGUUCGGGAAUGUUUUCAGCGUCCUUUUAUGCGUUAUUAGCGGGCUUUUUGGCAGCUACUGCCUCUCUGUCAGCUAAGCUGUCGCUCGGUGCGAGCUACCUGAGAGAGAUGUGUGAGACGCGGCUGAGCGACUGGAAUCAAACACCUGGUGGAAGCGCAGCCUGUGACUGGCUCCACAUCCCCCUGCGGCUGCUGUGCGGCGGCCUGCUAUUCGCCUGUAAUGCAGUCAUGUGGACCACCUUCUCCAAGGCACUCCGCCAUUCCACCUCUACAGCCAGGGCCACUGUCACGACCACUGCAUCCAACUUCAUUUCCUCUGGACUGCUAGGGAGGCUCUUCUUUGGAGAGAGCCAUGCAACUCUGUGGUGGGCAGGCAUCGCUCUCACUCUGUGUGGACUGCUGAUGCUUCAUGGUUCAGCACCUCAGACACACCCACAGGAAGCAGACAAGAAGGACAAGUAAUGCAUGUUGGAGUUGUUCCAAGUGCGCAGCCUCAAAACUGUUGACUGCAAAGAGCAGUUCUGUCAGGUUCUCCGCCUGCAGAAUUGACUGAUGUAUACUUUUUAGUUCUUCCUAUAAGAUGAACAACCACUGCCUUUUUAUGGACUUUCAACUGAAUUCUGAUUCUUUAAGAAAAUGAGGGGUUCCCUGGGACUUGCACAAAAUCAAAAAACCCUCAUAUUAUUAUUAUUUUGUACCUGUGUGGAAGUUGAUUUUUUAAUGUGUGAUGCAUGUAUUACAAA